CAUGAACCCGGAGGCGGUGACCAUGGACAUGGGCAGCCUGCACGGCGCGCCUGCCGGCCAUGAGCAGGAGCUGCUGGGCAGCCCCAGCCCGCACCACGCGGGGCGGCGCGAGCUGGGCUCCCGCAUGGUGCCCGGCAUGGCCUCGCUGCUGGACGCCGGCGGCGCCGGGGACUACCGCGACCUGCCGCUGCCGCUGCACCACGCCAUGAGCAUGCCCUGCGAGGCGUCGCCGCCCGGCAUGGGCAUGAGCAGCACCUACACCACGCUCACGCCGCUGCAGCCGCUGCCGCCCAUCUCCACCGUGUCCGACAAGUUCCACCCGCACCCGCACGCGCACCCGCACCCGCACCCGCACGCGGCCCCGCACCCGCACCCGCACCCCGCGCAGCGCCUGCCCGCCAACGUCAGCGGCAGCUUCACCCUCAUGCGCGACGAGCGCGGGCUGCCGGCCAUGAACAACCUCUACGGGCCCUACAAGGAGAUGCCGGGCAUGGGGCAGAGCCUGUCGCCGCUCGGCUCGCUGCACGCCCCGCAGCAGGGCCUGCACGGCUACGGCCCGCCCGCCCACGACAAGAUGCUCAGCCCCGCCGGCUUCGACGCCCACCCGGCCAUGCUGGCCCGCGGCGACCAGCACCUGCCCCGCGGGCUGGGCACGCCCCCCAACAUGCUGCCCCACUUGAACGGCAUGCACCACCCGGGCCCGCCGCCGCCCCACGGGCCCGUGCUGUCGGCCGGCCGCGACCGGCCGCCCUCGUCCGGCUCGCAGGUGGGCGGCUCGGGGCAGCUGGAGGAGAUCAACACCAAGGAGGUGGCGCAGCGGAUCACGGCGGAGUUGAAGCGCUACAGCAUCCCCCAGGCCAUCUUUGCGCAGAGGGUGCUGUGCCGGUCUCAGGGCACCCUUUCCGACCUGCUAAGGAACCCUAAGCCUUGGAGUAAACUGAAAUCUGGCAGGGAGACGUUCAGGAGGAUGUGGAAGUGGCUGCAGGAGCCGGAGUUUCAGAGGAUGUCGGCGCUGAGGCUCGCAGCAUGCAAACGUAAAGAACAAGAACCGAACAAAGAGAGGAACAAUUCCCAGAAGAAAUCUCGCCUAGUUUUCACCGAUCUCCAGCGCAGAACACUUUUUGCCAUCUUCAAGGAGAACAAACGUCCAUCCAAAGAAAUGCAGAUCACCAUUUCCCAACAGCUGGGCUUGGAACUUACCACUGUCAGUAACUUCUUCAUGAAUGCUAGGAGGCGCAGUCUUGAGAAAUGGCAGGACGAUUUGAGUACAGGGGGAUCCUCUUCAACCUCCAGCACUUGUACCAAAGCAUGACUGAAGAAAGGAAUCUAAAUUGGGCACAACUCAACUAUAAAAAAAAAGAAAAGAAAAAGAAAAAAAGGAAAAAAAGAAUGAAAGAAUGGAUUCUUGGUGGGGCCCUUCACUGGUGAUUGGAAAGCACAAUUCUCUCGGAAAGUAAUUCUAGUCUAGCUGUAAACAUAGGACACUUUUUAUGACUAUUUAGUCAGUUUUGGAAGGCUAAAGUCACAAAUUAAUCUCUUUCAAUAUAAUAUUACACUCAAGACAGACUAAGCAGGUCUGAAACGUAAGUGGGUCACUCAUGAGACAGAUUUCUCCUUGAAAACUGAAACAGACUUAAAAUAUGAAAAAGCAACAAAAUACUGCAGAUCACACUUGGAGCUGGUUGCUACAUGGGAGAAAUGCAAACAUGUCUGGCCGCAUCUUUUUCAGACUGCUUAGCUUCACCACAUCACACUAUACCAAAGCUCACAGCCAUAAUACAACAAUAUGAGAAGGGAGCACAAAUUUUAAGACAGAGAAAUUUAAAAAUCCAAGAACCUGUUUUUUAAACUCAGGCAUGGUUUUAUUAAGCAUUU